AUGCACAAUCGUCAACCAUCAAUUAACUCCGCAGCGACGACGUGGUCUGGAGCUGAGAGGCUGCAUGCGUGCGCAGCGGCCGCGGUUCGGGGCGGCAGGCGGCGCGCGGCAGUCGGCAUGAGGCGCGCGAGGAGCGUCACGGGGCCCCUGCGCCGCGCCCACCCGGCCUCGGGCGCCACCUGGAACGUCCAGGUGGUGAAGGGCAAGAUGAGUUCGACCUGUUUAUGGCACGCCUGCAGGGCUCUGUCAGCUGGCUUGCUGCUGAUGCUGCUUGGAGCCGCCAUGGCUGUAAUAGGGUACUACGCGGACACGCUGUCGGUGGCACAGGAGAUACGCGGCAAUUCCACCAUCUCUGUGAAGGAUGAGGCGAGAGGUUUCCAUCUCAACAACCUCUCGUAUGCAGGGCCAAUCGUUAUGGGCUUUGGAGGAUUCAUCGUGGUAGCGGCGUGUGUGAUGACAUUCGAAGCGAGGGACAGUGCAGCAAAGGUGACACCCGCGCGGCCACAGGCGCUGCCUAGGCCCCUGCCGCGGCGCGGGCCAGCGUGCGCUGCGCCCGCGCGGCUCGAUCAGCUCGGCGUGUACCGGCUCCCGCACGUGCUGCCGCUACCACACGCACUGCCACUCGCUCCGCUACCGCACCGCCAUCGUCCCACCCAUCACAGAACUGGUGGAGAGAGAGGGAAGGCUCGGGCUCGGUUUGGAUCGGCGCCCGACCUGCAUAGCGCCAGUACCCGCGCCGCCAUGCCCGUCAGUGCGCUGCGCCGGCCGCUGCGCCGCUACGCCCUCUCCGUAGAUGAGCCCCCGCAGUCAGCAGUUAGUGCCAGUGCAGCUGAGUCUGAGUGUGGGUCGCAGUCGUCACUAGCACUGGACCUGCACGGCAGUGGCGCGUGCGCAGGCAUCACAUUGCGCGUGCGUGACAACACGCGCCGUCGGCCACUAGCACGUCAGCAGCGACUCAGGGACGACACCGUUCAUCCAACUCCGGUAGCAAGUAUCAACAAUAUAAAUAACAUCGAAGAGCCUACAUUCAGGUUGGAAGAAGAAUCUAGCAGUAAGAACCCAGUGGAAAUGCAUUUAUGUGUGGAGCAAGAGGAACGGGCGAGCAGUGCACCGCCCGCGCCGCCGCCAUCCUCACCGCCGCCAUCGCCCCGGCUCGUCGUCACCUCAUGCUUGCCCGAGCCUCCGAGCACGCCGCCAGAGACCUACAUCGUCAUCGAACCCGCGCAGCAAUCCCCUGAACACGAUGUUGACGAUAAAUGA